GCAGUACCUGGGUACAGCUCGUUUGAUGUUACAGUUGAAAAGUCCGCUGUUAAUCAGUCGCGUCUAGUGAUGAUACACUGUUUGUAAUGACCGGAGUAUGCGAACGAUUUGAUUCAUUUUAAGUGCAUAGAUUGUUUAGUAUUUCGUUAAAUGUUAACGGAUAUAAAUGUGUUAAAAUGAACUCGGGAACGGACGAAAUACACAAAUUAACGGAGGCGAUUUAUAAGAACCUUGCUGAAAACUUCAAUUCUGGAGUCCGGCAGAUUCUCUUGACUGGCAAGGCCUAUUACAAAUCUCUGCAAGUUGCGUCCUCAGCAGCAAAUGCAUACAAUGAAGCCCUGGGUCGCGUGGGGUCCGCAGCGAAGAUUUGCCGUGGGGGAACGGAAGAGAUAGGUGAGGCCAUACUCCAGAUAGCAGAGGCUCAGAAGGAACUUCAGGCCAGACUGGAGGACAGUACGAAGGCUUUAUUCACCGACCUCAUUCUUCCUCUGGAGCAAAAGCUGGAAAAAGACUUCAAGAAAGCAAAUUCAGAUGCCCGAAAAUAUGUACAGGGUCACAAGGUCGUCUUGUCCCCAUACAACAAGGCCUGCGAAUCUCUGAAGAAGUUCAGAAAGAAAACGAAGAACAAACUUGUUUACGACAACGAAAAAGAAGCUCAGUACAUGCGGAGUUUAGGAAAGUGCCAAGACAAAUUAGACCAGUUCAGAAUACAGGGCCUUAAGUCUGCGUUACUAGAAGAGCGACGAUGCCACUGUUUUGUGCUACAACGACUAUGUGCCGUGUCCCAUCUCCACCAAGCUGGGCACCGACAUGGGGUAGACUUAUACCGGGGCCUUCCAGAGUGGGAGGACAUCAGUUCACAUCCACACACACUACCCCCUUCUGCUGAACAGGUUAUAGCGGACUAUAUGCAUGAGGGCUUUGAACCAAUGAAUGGAGGUCCUGGUUUCCAAGGCAACGGUUUUCUCCAUAGAGACACACAGUCACUAGGCAACGGGUUCAUGAGGUCACAGAGUUCCCAAGACUUGUACAGUCAGUAUGGACACUUUGAUGGCAGCCAGACCUUACCCCCAAGAACAGCAGGCCCUGUCCCACCAGGUGAUAUGCGUGUACAGGCUGUGUUUUCAUUUACUGCGGGAGUGGACAACCAGAUGUCAUUUACCGAUGGAGACAUAAUUACAUUGAUGGGGGAGAAGUCUGAAGGAUGGCAGUAUGGCCAUAACAAUUCCACACAGAGGAUGGGUUGGUUUCCAUUGUCUUUUACAAAACCACUCUCCAGUGGUAGGGCUAGUCCUGAUUUUAAACCGCUAACACCGAGCCACAGAGCCAUGAGUGUUGGAGAAAGGUUGGACAGUCGGUCCCUGUCGGAUUACCCACGGGAGUAUGAGCACGAUAUACCGGGAAAUAUUCGCCGGCCCAAGUCCUUGUAUGAAGGCUCCCCCCAUACGUCUCCAGCCCCUGUGUACAUCAAAAAGGACAAGCUGCAUGGCCUGUAUUCAGAGAGAGAUAUAUCGCCAGACUCUGUCUACACCUCGUAUGGAAGGCCCAUUCAGGACCGCAGCCAGAGUACUACCCCCGUUCAUAGCCGGCACUUUAGCAGCAGCCAGGUCCCGAUCCCUCCCCCUCAAUUCCACGGACCUCCGAGCAUGUCCACGCCCGCCGCCCCGGUCCAACCAUUUCACACUCGAUCAUACACACUCCCAACACACACCUCAAGUAUACCACGUAUGACCCCUCCCUCCAACCCUGCCCCUCUCCCCGGCAACAAUGCUGUUCCCCCACCCCCUCCCCCACCACCCCCUCCUCCCAUCCCAGGCCAGUCCAACAACACAAACACCAAAACAACUCCUGCUCACACAGCAAGAAGCAUAAUGGCCUCACCCAUGCAUAAACCGACUUCUGCCCCACAACCUCCUGUCCCUCCUCCAUUUAAUCCUCCCCCAGGAAUGAAACACCCUAAUGCACCAACUUCUAUGUCACAUCUCUCUCAGCAGCGCAGCCCAAGUAGCCGCACAUCAACUUCUGGGAUCCCUGGACACGCCAGCCCUUCCCGCCAACAGGUCAGCCAGCCACCUCCAGCCCCGCCCGGGGAGAUCGAGGAAACCGUCAAUUACCGUAACAACCCAAUGUUUGCCACUGUAGCACUGCGCCAGACCAAAACCAAUGACAGAUCAGCACCAAAAAUUUGAUUAAUUCUAUGAACACCAAUUGUACUUUAGUGAUGGACUAUAACUUCAUGUAAAAUCAGUGUUUGUAAUGUUAUUUCUGUAAAAACAUAUUCUCAUUACUUGUGACAGUUAGGUUGUAGGGUUAAUGAAGGAAUACAACUGUUAUAUUGUUGUAUCUCUGUCUUUACAGUGUUGUUUUUGUGCCAUGAGUUUAACUUUGUUUUAUAUAUGUUUGUAACUGGACAAAACCAGCCCAUAGAAGUGGCAUUUUAAUUUUGAAACUCAAAUUUAAGCAUCAUCAAACUGAUUCCAUGUUCAGAGUCAUCAGCUGGAUAGGUUUUUAGCUAUCAAAAUGAAUAAAAAAAAACAUAAACCAAAAUCUAUGUUAAGCAAAUGAAUAGAAUUUUCUAGAACUUAAUAAAUUAUGAUCUGAGUCAAGAAAUAUGUCAUAAACAGGGAGAAGUUAAUUUUUCUAAAUGUAUGGACCCUUAUACACUAACGGUGCUUUCUUUCUAAUUGCCAUUGGUAAAAUCUGCUACCGGUAUCUUCUGUGAAGAAAAUAUUAUUUGUUUUUUUCUAUGGUACACGUGAUGGUGUUCUAUGGUACAUGGUAUGUUUUUUGGCUGUGCAGGUUAAAAUCAGAAUCUGACGUCAUACAAAGAUUUUAUUAUGGCUUUAUGUUAUAAGGCUAGUCUUUCUGUUUUUCAAAGAUAAACGUAAAUGUUGAUGUACGAAACCGUGCAUAAUGUCUGUUUUUUUAAUACCACUGAAAUUUUUUUCAUGAAACUUGGUAAACGUGUACAGAGUGAUAUUGCACAUAAUUACAUAAUAAUUAUAAUUAUAAUAAUAAUAAUAUAUGUACUAUUAAUAAUAAUGAUAUGCCUAGCAAGCCCCAUCACUCUGGCUAAUUUAAUCCUAGAGUUUUGCCCUUUAUUUAUCUGAGAGAAUGGUGUGGCACUCAAUCAUUUAUCAUCGAAAACACAACCCUGGAUGUAUAUUGACGGUUAACAAUGUCAGAUUUCUUUACAUUUAACUACGCUGCAAGUACAAUGUAGAUCCGAUGGUAAUUUCAAUGUAGCAGUUAAGCCUAAGGACUUUACUCCUAGAAUUUUUACUAAUUUAUGCAAUAAUACUCUUCACUGGGAGUCAAUUUAUUAAUAUUUAGUAAUACAAAUUAUACAUUAAAAUGCUACAAUUAAUUAAUUAAUAUAAUUAGUAUUAAUUUUACAACUCCUACUUAAACACUGGCAUACAUCUGACAUAAAGUCUAGAUACAGUGUGUAUUUUGAACUACACCCGAAGUUGUUUUCGAUAAAAAAUGGCCGAGAUGUUCCCAUUUUGUGGCAAUUGUGUUACGAAUUGAUAUGUAUAGAUAUAUAUAGAUAUAUUGUAUUACAUAAAUCAUGUUAUUCAAUUAUUUAAAUGUUAUAAACCAAGAAAUAUAUUGAUCAAUUGUAAAUAGUGUUUAUAAAUACAAUUUUAUCUUUGUAAUACCAGUAUAUAUUUUAACUAUUGUAUUCUGUAUUGAAAAUGUUAUGUUAAAUAAUGUUAACAUUUGUUCUAAUGUUUCAUUAUGUUGUUAAUGUUGGUGAUUAAAUGACACAAAAUAUGUUAAUAAAA